UAAAAUCUCUCUCAAGUCAACGGCUCUUGGCAGCUCGAUGCAGUCGGAGAAGCAUAUUGUUUCCUUAUGCCCUGAAGCUGAGGUCGAAUUUGAGGAAGGAAGAUUCCAAGUGACGGGGAAAAUUUGGCGCAUCACUGAAGAAAAGUGUGAAUCUGACUAUGAGAAGCGCCAGAAGUGGAUCGACGUAGGAGGCACCCAGUAUUAUUACUGCGAUAAAUGCAAUGGCGAAGACCACGAAAAAUUUGGUAAGACUUUGUCUGAGAUCAUACACCCUCUUCAUCCAAAACAUCCUCUCCAGCUUGUUUAUCUUAGACAUUUGAGGCGCACGCUGCGGACCAAGGAAUGCUAUUGUUGUGAAAAAAAUAUUGCGCCUUUCUUUUACUAUUGCCCGAUUUGCGAGUUUUGUAUGAAUGUAGGUUGUGUGAAUAAGACAACACACUUCUCUAUAGAUCAUCCAAAGAAGCACGAGCAUAAACUCGUCCUGUUUCCGCGACAGACAUCACUAACUUGCAACGUCUGUGCGUUGGAUAAUUCAGAAGGUCCCAUCUAUAUGUGCCCCCCUUGUGACUUGGUAAUUCACAAAAGUUGUUUCAACUUACCAAGCGUCAUAAAGAUUUCACGUCAUCGCCAUCGUAUCUCCUUCAAGCUUUCUUUUGUUUGGGGAGAUCGGCUAUGUGGUGUUUGUUGCAAAAAGAUUAACAGCGACUAUGGAGGAUUUUCUUGCAACAAGGAGGGUUGCUCUUAUGCCGCUCAUUCAAGAUGUGCCACACGGAAAAAUGUGUGGGACGGAAAAGAGCUGGAAGGAAAACCAGAAGAUGAUGAUGCCAUGGAUGAUGACCGUGAUCCAUAUGUGAAGAUUGGUGAUGGAAUCAUAAGGCAUUUUCGACAUGCACAUCAUUACUUGAGGCUCGACAAAGAUACCAAUAGAGUUUACAACGAAAACACACGUUGUCAAGCAUGCAUCAUGCCUGUCUACCACGGUAACUUCUACUCUUGUAUGCGGUGCGAUUUUAUCCUACAUGAAACAUGUGCAAAUCUUUCUCGCACAGAACAUCACCCGAUGCAUCCACAUCCGCUUAAGCUAGUUGCUCAAUAUGACGACAUGUUCAAGCCUUAUAAUACGUGUUCAGCUUGUUCUCAACCGUGUACUGGUUUCAUGUACAAGUGUUAUAGAAGAGGAUGCAAUUUCAGGCUACACAUACAAUGCGCCACUAUUACCGAGCCAUUUAUCCAUGAAAGUCACAUGGAUCCGUUAUUUCUAACAUCAGCACCCGGAGAACAAAGAUUGUGCCGGAUUUGCAAAAACUACAAAGAAACGUUCAACUGCAUUGAGUGCGACUUUGCUUUGUGUUUCAUAUGUGCUAUUUUACCGCAUAAGGUGAAGUAUAAGCAUGAUGAACAUCUCCUCUCUCUUUCUUAUGGAGAAGAUACAAGUGCUAGGUAUUGGUGUGAGGUAUGCGAGUCAAAAAUCAAUCCAGAAGAGCGAUUUUAUUCGUGUGAUAAAUGUUGCGUCACUCUACACAUUGAAUGUUUGCUCGGGAAGGACUUAUACAUAAAGCCUGGUUCAUAUGUGUGCCACAAGGGUAAGAAGAUCGAUGUUUUACUCAAUAAUCGCAUGUCUAGACCAAGUUGUAUGCGUUGUGCCAACCGUUGUCAAGACAAGUUAGUCUACAAAUAUGUUCGCUCACUAUCAUUCUGUUCUUUGCAUUGUUUCGUUCCGUCUUUGUUGAAUUUAAGGUAGUACAA